CAAUUAGUGGAUAAACAACAAAAACAACAGCAACAGCAGCUACAACAACCACAACACCUAUUACAAAUCUCCCCAACAGUAGCAGCAGCAGCAGUAGCAGCAUCGGCGGCGCCAGUGUCACAAACAACGAGCAAAGCUUCACACAGGCGUUCACAUUCGCAAACGAAAUUCAAAAUUCGUAAAACCGAAUCGGUGCAGGAGACGCAUUUUGAUGGCAGCAACACCACCACAACGCCCACAAAACGGGCCGCCAGUAAGAAACGCCACUCAAUGCGCAAAUCACGUUCACUUGACGCCGAGGCAUACACGCUGGCCUGCGUACAAUCGCCGCUCUGGGCGACGUUAACAAAUGCCCGAACAAUCAAUGAAAUACUGCAGGACGAAUACUAAGGCAGCGGACGAAGAGCAAACAAAGUAAAGAAAGCAGAAAGCAGCGAUGGUGAAGGCAAGUGGUAUGCUGGUCGAAAAAGAGGAAGGAGUAUCUAUAAAACGCGAGUCGAGUGUGAGUCAGCAAAUUCCAACCCAACCCAGUCAUUUCGUGCGAGAAUGAGUUCAAUUCGGGCACCCCCGCAACACCGUCAAUCCAUGCAGCAAAUGCAAUUAAUUCAGCAAAAA